AUGUUCGCAGACGAUACAAAAUUAUAUAGAGAUAUACAAACCCCAAAUGAUAUAGACAUAGUUCAACAAGACAUAGACAAGUUGUUCAGAUGGUGUGAGAAAUGGCUGUUACGGUUCCACCCUGAUAAAUGCAAAGUACUGCCAAUAUCCACGAAACAAACGAAGAACCAAGAUGGGAGAUACAAGAUGCCAACAUAUGAUGGUGCAGAAACAACUCUUGACACUGUGGAAUGUGAGAAAGAUGUAGGUGUAAACAUAGAUUCUGAGCUUAAAUUUGACAAGCAUAUACAAACACAGAUUAACAAAACCAACCAACUAGUAGGACUAAUCCGAAGGUCAUUUAAGUAUUUAGAAAACAAGAGUUUCUGUUUACUAUUCAAAGCACUAGCUAGACCCCAUCUUGAGUAUGCCAGCAGUGUUUGGAGUCCGUAUAAGAAAAAGGAUAUUGAAUCAGUUGAAAACGUACAAAGACGGUCUUCAAAAAUGCUUCCUAACUUGAAAGAUUUAUCAUACGAAGACAGAUUAAAACUCUUGAAAUUACCAACACUUAGAUAUCGUAGACUACGAGGCGACAUGAUCGAGACGUACAAGAUUCUCAAUCACAUCUAUGAUGAAAGGGCAUCAAGUGGUAUUUUCACAUUAAGUAGUGGUUCAACAACAAGAGGGCAUUCAUUGAAGUUAGUCAAGAACAAGAGCAGGCUGGAUGUUAGAAAGUAUUAUUUUACCAACAGAGCAGUGGAAGUCUGGAACUGUUUUCCUGAGACAAUUGUAACUGCCAAAAACGUUAAAACAUUCGAACGAAGAUUAUAUAAAUAUUGGAAAGAACAUCCUAUGAUUUAUGACUACACAGUAGAUUAG